AUGCAUCGGUCUUCAGCUGAAUCUACAAAAGACGAUGUUCAUGCGGAACGGAUGGGUCUCGGAUGCCCCACUCACGCUCAACGGAACGAACAUAUCCGAAUGCACCAGCUACGUUUAUCUGGGUCGGGAACUGAACAUGAUGAACGACCUGACCCCCGAGCUGGGCAGGAGGAGACGAGCUGCUUGGGGAGCGUAAAAGAGCAUCGAGGAUGUGGUAAAGAAGACCAGGAACUCCCGGCUCCGUGCUCACCUCCUCAACACCACCGUACUUCCUGCUUUGACCUACGCUUCGGAAACCUCGGCAUUUCGCAAGCAGGAAGAAAACGCGGUGAGCGUCAUUGA